UUAUGAAACACGUGUGUGGAAUCCUUUUGUGUUUUUUGCAUCUUUAGAAAUCUGUGUGUUCAAUUGGGACUGUUAAAUUAUAAUAUCGACUUGAAAAAACUGGAUUUAGAUUGACAAUAAAAUUUUUGAAAGCUAUAAUAUUUAAAUGAACCAAAAAUGGAUGAUAAUGCAGAUUUGAAAGCAAAACGUUAUAAGUUAACGAUGGAUCCAAAUUUUCAGCCAGAACAGAUUUCUGAUAAAACUUUUAACAGAUGGAAAAAUGCAUUUAAAACAACACUCGAAGGAAAAAGUGCUGUUGGACCUAGUCAUGAACAUAAAGAGUUAGUUGAAAAACCUGAACCUAGUAAUCUUAAUUCGGAUGGCUUGAUGUUGUGCGAAAACAACUUUCUUGAGAACGACAAUUUGAGUAUUGAGGAAGUCUUUUGCAGCUCUUCUGACGAUAAUGAUGAUGAUGAUGAUGACAUUGAUUUUCCUGAAAGAAAUUCACAACAUGAAGAACAACAACUUCCUGACCAGAAACCUUCUGAUUGUAAAACGACUUUCAUUGAGGAUGGUGACAAAAUUAUGUUUAAACAAUCUGGAAUAACUGUAAAAGAAGUGGUUGAAAUGGUUGUAGCGUAUAACUUAAGGUUUGGCGAUUCGCAAGAAGCUCGACAAAUGCUAAUAGAAAUGAUAAAAAUUUUUGCAGGUCCAGAAUUUUCAAAUUUUAACAUUUCCAAUUAUUCACUGUCUAAAAUAUUUGACCCACCAUCUGAAAAAAUUAUUUAUCAUUUCUAUUGUCAAAAAUGUACUGACAAGGUUUUGUACAAAUCAUGUAAAAAGGGCAUAAAAGGAAAAAAAGUUUUAUGUGAAACUUGCAAAAUGGAAUAUACAUUAACACUUAGCAAUCCUAACUAUUUCGUAGGGAUAGAUUUAGAAUAUCAGCUGCAAAUGUUUUUAGAAAAUGAAGAGACUGCGAAAUAUUUUAUUCCAAAAAACACAGAUUGUAAUUCAAGCAAAGGUAAUAAGAACUUCAUGCGCGAUAUUGAUGACAGCAUUUUGCAUAAAAGUGCCAUUGAAAAAUAUGCGGCAACAAUCACUUAUUUAAUAAGUACAGAUGGUGCACCUUUAUUUCACAUUUCUAAACGAGGUUUUUGGCCCCUUCAAAUCAUUCUAAAUAAUUUACCCGUUCAUCUGCGAUUUAAAUUUGUUUUACUGGUAGGUCUUAUGAUUGUUAAAAAUGAACCCAAACCAAAUCUAAUGAAUUUGUUUAUAAACGCAUUUAUCGAACAGGCUAAUCAUUUACAUUCAAAAGGGAUGAAAGUCAAAAUUGCACAUCUCGACAGCGAAAUUGAAAUACAUUUUACACCAUCCGGUGCAGUCGCAGACUCGGUCGCUCGCCCUAUUCUUCAAAACAGAUUACAAUUUAAUGGAUAUUUCGGUUGCAGUUUCUGCUGCCAACGAGGAGUAUUUAUUUUUAAAAUUGGGUUGAGGUAUCCUUUCGUAUCUGAAGAACCGGAACUGAGAAGUCAUACUUCUCACAUGAAAGACAUCGCUUGUGCUAAAGAACAAGGCUCUUUUUUUCAAGGAGUUAAGGGCGAGUCAGCUUUUAUUGAUCUUGCAAAUAUAGACAUGGUUUGGAGUUUCUCCCUCGACUAUAUGCACAAUGCGGUUCUUGGAGUAACAGAACAAAUUUGGAAAAAAUGGAUUAAGGAAUUAACAGCUGAACAGCGCAGAGAAAUAGAUAAGUUACUUCUUCUUCAAAAACCACCGCGAGAUUUACACAGAAGUACUGAAAAAAUAUUCUCAAAAAGCAUUUGAAAGGCGACGC